GCACAGUCUUUUCUUUUAUUGCGCAUGCUCAAAAUACCUAACCAUGCCAUGUGGCAAUAUUAAAUCAAGUUGUUAGAAUUAGAAAGUCAGAUUACAAUGGCAGACCAGGACAAUAAGAUUUCAGAUGUAGCAGAGCAAGCUUUGAGUGGCCUCAAAGAAGAUGACAUUAAGAAGAUACUGUCUGAUGGCACAGCCAUGUCGGGACUCUCACAGAAACUAGCCGCUCAAAUCAACCAAGCACUGGGGGGCGGAAAUGCCUUAGCACCUCCUCCUCCACGUGACAAGCAAGAAAUGAGACGGAUACGAGCUCUCAAGAAACUCCAGCUGGAGUCCACGAACCUAGAGGCCCAGUUUUACAUUGAGGUUCAGAAAUUGGAGUCCAAAUACCUUGUUCUGAAUCAACCCUUGUUUGAGAAGAGGCGUGAUAUCAUCAGUGGAUCACAUGAGCCGACAGACGAGGAAGCCCACUGGUCAGACGAUGAGGAUAACGAGGAGGAAGAUGUCUUGGCUAUUAAGGCUGCAGAUAGCAUUAAGGACAAUGGGACAGACGUGGACAGACCAGCCGAGGCAGGCCCUAGUAAAGAUGGUGAUGAUGACCCAAGCACAGGCGUUGAGGAAUUCUGGUUGACUGCUUUCAAGAACUGUGAGAUAUUCACUGAUAUUAUUAAGGAAGAAGAUGAGUCUGUUCUCAAACACCUGAUUGACUUGAAGGUCCUCUACACUGACGACACUGGAAUGGACUUCUCUCUUGAGUUCCACUUCUCUGAUAAUGAGUGGUUCACUAACAAAGUGCUCACCAAAUCUUACAAAGUGACGUGUGAAGUGAACAAAGACGACCCCUGGGCAUUCGAGGGGGCGGCCAUUGCAGAGGGGAAAGGAUGUAGCAUAGACUGGAAGAAAGGCAAAAAUCUCACCGUUAAAACCAUCAAGAAGAAACAAAAGCACAAAGCUAAGGGCCAGCAAGCUCGUAUGGUGACAAAAACUGUCCCCAGUGAGUCUUUCUUCAACAUCUUCUCCCCACCAAACAUUAACUCAAAGGAUGAAGCAGCUGAGGAUGAGGAGGACAUAGCUCAGGCUCUCAGUGAUGACUAUACAAGGGCUGAAUUUAUUCGUGACAGACUAGUACCCAAGGCCGUCUUGUUCUUCACUGGGGAGGCACUGGAGGAGGACGGUGAUGAUGAAGAUUUUGAUGACGACUAUGAUGAGGACGAUGAUGACUUAGAAGGGGAUGAUGAUGGUUUAGAGAAACAGGUGGCUGCAACGAAAGACCAAUGCAAAAAUCAGUAAAAAGGACAUGUAAAUAACUGUUCUGUUCUGUUCUAGUUAUUACACUUCGUCUUUGUACACGUGCACACUAUUGGAUAUCUUAUUGUUAUUAAUAUUUGCUUA